AUGACUUCUUAUUGUAGGAUCAUGGCAUUUAAUGAUUUAAAAUCACAAUAUAUUUUAGCAUUCACUAUUUUGAAACACGGCGGGCCUGAAAAUAAAUGGAAUAAGAUCUCUGACGAUAUUCGACAGCAUGUUCCAGCAUCACCAGUGGCAUGCUUAAAGCAAUACAAUGAAUUAUUAAAUUUAUAUGAAACUGACUGGCGAAAAAGUAGACGUCUCAAUGAGCCAUUCUACAAAUAUUUAUAUUCAAAAUUGAAGAAAAUGUACUAUGGCGAAAUAUGUGAUAAAAUUCAAGAAAGCCGAAAGAUGAUCGAUGUUGUAUACGAGUUUUUAAAACAUUUUGGUGAAGGUCGAAUCCAAAUUCAAGAUAUCAAUGAUAUAUUGAAACAAAUUGAUUUUGGUUCUGAAAAUGGAGAAAUGAGCAACAAAAAAUUGACUGUAUUCAACCAAAUCAAAGAUUAUAUGAGCCAGUCCAUAACUGAUCCAAUUAUAUCAAAUAAUCAUCCUGUUAUGUCUAUACCACCAUUCAGAGACGAUAAUAUAACAGAAGAACCAAUAAAAAACAGCGAGACAUCAAAAUUUGAAAGAAAAACACUCGGUAUUCGUUCUAGUGAAUCAGAUAGUCCACCUGCAAUGUUGCAGGAUAACGUAUGCCAGAAGGACCAGGUAUUACCGAAUAUAGAACAACAAAUAUCCUCUGACAUAAAUGAAGAAAAUGUUUUAUUCGAUAAUAAUAAUAAUAAUAAUAAUAAUAAUAUUAAUAAUAGUAGUAAUAAUAGUUGCAGCAUCUUCUCGGUAUUACAAGAUGUUUGUCAACCACCAGUAAUAACAAUUGUGACAGAGGAAAAACACAACAAUCCUCCCGAAAUACAUGCAUCUGUGGUAGUUGUAUCUACCAUUGAUAACAGUAAGGAAGAGAAAUCGGUAACGAAUCAAAACCAGGAAGAAAUAAUUAGCUUUAGUGAUGUUGAACAUGAUGAUGGAGAAAAAGAAGAGAAACAAAGUGCACAAACAAUGGACACAGAUGAUACGAUUAGUAACAUGGCAUUAGAUAAAACGAAGGCAAAUGAAGCGAUAACAUUUGACGAAGAUAGGUCAAAGAUAAUGUCGGAAGAUACGGAAAAAGAAGACAUUGUUGAACAGCCAGAAGAUAAAGAAAAUGAUGAAUCAAAUUUUUCUCUAACAGUCAGUACUACUCCAACGACUCAAUCACCGCCGGAAAGUAUUCAAGGCAAUCGAUCGCCACAAUAUGAAGAUAUUAGUAAUGAAUCAUUAGAUUUAAUCGAUAAUAAUCAUCAGGAAAUAACAGCACCAUCAACAAGUGAUGAUACUACUGAAAAACAAUUAUUGGAGGAUAAUCUUAGUAGAAGUUUUGACGAUAAUACGUCUCAGCAACAUUCUAUUGAUGCAAAUGAAGAUAGCAGCGUUGUUACCGAUGACAAUCCAAAUGAUCAUGUUGAUGCGAAUAUAUUUGACACAUUUAGUGAAGAUAAUGAAAAUGAAUAUAAACAACCGAAACUGAAGUCUCCUAAGAGUAACGUUAAUCGUCCAGACAUUAAAAUAAAAAUAAUCAAUCAAAAAACUGUAACAAUACCGACAAAAGUAAAUAAAAAAAGUCGGAAACCUAUGCUCUAUGUUCAAAGAUCAUUAGCAAAUUCAAAAUAUGGCAGUGAUUUCAAAAAGCCGAUAUUAUCGUACAAUUUACCAGAGGAUUAUACUGAUAAAAUUAAAAAACCAAUGGAUUUACAUCAAAUAAAACAAAAUAUUGACGCAGGCUAUUAUGAUGAAAAAAUAUAUGAAUUUCAACGUGACGUGAUGAUAAUGUUUACAAAUGCAUUGUAUUUUUAUGCUCCUGGUGACGAAGUCUAUAUUCAUGCACUCGAAACAUUAUCAUUAGCUCAACAACUUUUACACACCACACCAAAUACAUUGAUUCCGUGGGGCGAAGAGAAAUUACAGCCACAAAAACUUGUUCGUUCAAGAAGUUCAACAACGCCAGAAAUUCAAAUAGCAAAUGAAUCUCAAAAUGAAUUUUUAACAAUAUCUGCUGUAAGUAAACAAGAGCCAGAGAAUAUGGACGAAGAGGAAUUGCUCUCAACAAUUAUUGAGACGAAGUUAAAUUCACCAACGAUUGCUCCUAGACAACCAUCUAGAAGAACAAAACGAACAAAUACAGCAUACUUUGGUGAUUCAAAUUUGAGAAGUAAACGUAAACGAACUAGUUAA